AGCGGACGCAGGAGCCCGCGGGUCCCGGCAUCAGUGUGCGUGUCCUUUCCCGCGCCCUGCAGCAUGCAGCUCUCCCGUGCGCUGGCCGCCCUGUGCGGCGUGUUGCUCUGCGCCUCCGGCCUCUUUGCCGCGUCCGGUGACUUCUGUGACUCCAGCCUGUGCCUGAAUGGUGGGACCUGCUUGAUGGGCCAAGACAAUGACAUCUACUGCCUCUGCCCCGAGGGCUUCACAGGCUCUGUGUGCAACGAGACUGAGACAGGACCCUGCUUUCCAAACCCUUGCCACCAUGAUGCCAAAUGCCAAGUGACCGGGGACACACAGCGAGGAGACAUCUUCACUCAGUACAUCUGCCAAUGCCCUCUGGGCUACUCGGGCACCCACUGUGAGAUCAUGAAUGAGACCAUCUACUACAACCAAGAAGACUACCUGUUCACCACAGAAAUCCCCACCACCCCGGUCCCCAACCCUGGUCUUUCCAACGACCUAAACUCCCGUUGCACUACAAAGCUGGGCAUGGAAGGGGGCGCCAUUGCCGACUCACAGAUUUCCGCCUCGUCCGUGUAUGUGGGUUUCAUGGGCUUGCAGCGCUGGGGCCCGGAGCUGGCUCGCCUGCACCGCACAGGAAUCGUCAACGCGUGGACGGCCAGCAACUAUGACAGCAAACCCUGGAUCCAGGUGAACCUUCUGCGGAAGAUGCGGGUGUCAGGUGUGAUGACGCAGGGUGCCAGCCGCGCGGGGAGGGCAGAAUACCUGAAGACCUUCAAGGUGGCUUACAGCCUCGAUGGACGCAGGUUCGAGUUUAUCCAGGAUGCAAAUGGAUCUGGACACAAGGAGUUUGUGGGGAACCUGGACAACAGUGGCCUGAAGGUUAACAUGUUCAGCCCCGCUCUGGAGGCACAGUACGUACGGCUCUACCCCGUCUCAUGCUACCGAGGAUGCACCCUUCGCUUCGAGCUCCUGGGCUGUGAGUUGCAUGGAUGUUCUGAGCCCCUGGGCUUGAAGAAUAACUCCAUUCCUGACAGCCAGAUAACAGCCUCCAGCAGCUACAAGACUUGGAACCUGCGUGCCUUUGGCUGGUACCCCCACUUGGGGCGGCUGGACAUGCAGGGCAAGAUCAAUGCCUGGACUGCCCAGAGCAACAGUAACAAAGAGUGGCUGCAGGUUGACCUGGGCACUCAGAAGGAAGUGACCGGAAUCAUCACCCAGGGGGCCCGUGACUUUGGCCACAUCCAGUACGUGGCAUCCUACAAGGUGGCCUACAGUAAUGACGGUGUGCAGUGGACCGUGUAUGAGGAACAAGGGACCAGCAAGGUCUUCCAUGGCAACUCGGACAACAACUCGCACAAGAAGAACAUUUUUGAGACCCCCUUCAGGGCCCGCUAUGUGCGUGUCCUUCCUGUGUCUUGGCAUAACCGCAUCACUCUGCGCCUGGAGCUGCUUGGCUGUUAGUGCUCGGUCCUUCCAGCCCGAACGACCGACCGGAAGGGCCAGAGGCUGCGUCCUCCCACCCCUGCCUCCUGGGCCCUGCUGCCUUCCGUGGCUGACUGCCUUCUCAGCCCUUCCUCCUGAUUGUACUGGGGCCGGAAGCAGGAAGGGGGACUUGCCCUUCACACUUGUCCUCCCUCACCCUGCAGCCUCCACAGGCCUCCCGCUAGCCCCUUUUCUCAGGCGUUCUGGGGGAGUUGGAUAGGUCUGAGAUGAAUAGGGAAGAAGAGUAAAGUCCGGGUAUGUGAACUGUAUCUCUCCCAACUGCCCCAAGUCCUAAACUCCCUGCCAGGGGUUGACUCAAGACUAAAGGGACCCCUGGUUCCCCGCCCCUCUCUGCACACCACACAUUCCCCCACGUUCCAUUCCAGGCCUCCAGGAAGAGGAGGCCCAUGCCUGCUUGCUGCCCCUCGGGUCGCCAGCUGCUGAGACCCCUCCUGACCCUUGCUCUGGGGCCUCAGAUGACAAGGGGACUGGGGGGGGGGGGACAGGUGGGCUCUGGCUGGUUGGCUAGCUGGCUGUGGGGCCUCUGCUGGCUUGCUACUCAAGCUAAUAGGCAGAUUCCAAAAUACAUUUGUGUUCGCCACUGGAA